AUGGUCAGGGCCAUCAAGGGUAGCUUAAUUAAAUGCGAUCCAUCGAUCAAAGCUCUUAUCGUUGACAUCGAUUCCAAGCGCCAUGAUAUAAUAAUCGAGGAAUUAGACGAUACAAACCUCUUGGUUAGCACCGAUAAGAUCCAGUUCAUCAAAGCUGAGCUAGAGAGAAUCUUGUCGAAGAAUGCAUAUAAUGCGAUGGAGGCUGAAGAAGCCGAGAAGCAGAAAUAA